UCAUAACACCGUCCUUUCUGUAUUGCUAGGAACUUAUGAACUUGUGCAGGGAGGGACUUAGUGGCAGUAGGCGGGGGAAAGGAGGGCAUUUUUACGUCCUAAGUGGGCGAUGCGAGGUGUUUUUCUUACACCUCGACUGCUGUGGGCAAAGGGGGUUUGGGAAUUGAGAGUUCUUGCCUCUCCACCUGGUGUCUCAGGGGUAUCUCUUCCCCCUCAACCGCCCUCAGGGCACCUCUUUCCCCUUAAUCUCUCACUUUAAGCCCCUUUCCUGUCCCUGGAGGAGGAGGAACAGGCAGGGCAAGCCGGAACUGGAGGCCUGCCGCGUCCGGUUUCCGCAGGGAAAGUUUAAGCAGAAGUCCCAGCCUCUGGACUUCCUGUUCCUGUUCUCUGUUUCUGCUAGCUGCCGUCGCUAUGGAGGAACCAGAGAUGCAGCUCAAGGGGAAGAAAGUCACGGACAAGUUCACUGAGAGCGUCUAUGUCCUGGCCAACGAGCCAUCUGUGGCCCUGUACCGGCUGCAGGAGCAUGUGCGCCGCUCUUUGCCUGAGCUGGCCCAGCACAAGGCGGACAUGCAGCGGUGGGAAGAGCAGAGCCAGGGAGCCAUUUACACUGUAGAGUACGCCUGCAGGAGUGGAACCCAGGGCUUGAGAAUGCUAAUGAACAGUGCCGUCAAGAACCUGGUUGACAGCAGUGUCUACUUCCGUAGUGUCGAAGGUCUGCUCAAACAGGCCAUCAGCAUCCGAGACCACAUGAAUGCCACUGCCCAGGGCCACAGCCCCGAGGAACUGCCCCCGCCCUCCUCAGCCUGAUUCUGGAAGAAUCCUGAAGGCCCCUGUCCUCCCCCAACCCAGAAGAGAAAACCGAGGCUCAGAGAAGCGAGCCAGCCCAGGGUGGAGGCCCAUGCCCAGAAGCACCAAGAUUCACACCCAGACCCUCUGACCCCUCCACAUGGUCCUCAGCCCAGGCUCCUCAUGGGACAACUCUAUACCUCUCAGACUCCUUCCUCACUGCCUAACCUGACCAGAGCUGGGCCCCUGGGUACCACCUUGUGCAACCCAGAGGGAUUAAAGACAAAGCCAGUGGGGCCAACACAGACCUGUUCCUGCCGAAACCUCUAAGCCCAGCUAAAAUCAUCCCAAGACAUGCCUUUUCUUCCUAUGCUCUUACCUGCUCUUGGAUCAAUAAUUGCCCCCGUGAUAAUUCUGAUUGUGUACCCACCGUGUGUGGUAUGUUCCUCAUGGGUUAUCUCUUUUCAUUCUCGGACAACCCCUUUAGGCAGGUAGCACCCCCAAAUACAGAUGAGAAAUGAGAGGCUCCAAGAGAUGGUGUGAUUUGUGUCAGGUCAUGCAGUUUGAGAGCAGACCUGGGCUCUUAAGCCUCCUAGUUUGGUCUUAGCCCUGCCUCUGACAUGCUGGGUGAUACGGGGCCUGGUGCUGGCCCUCUCUAGUUCUCCCUUUCUCCAUCUGGACAAGGAAAGCUGUACUGAGCAUGUUCUAUAGGCUGAGAGAGGGAAGAAGAGGAGAAUGGAAAGCAGGAAAUAAAUGUGACCUAAUUGGA